AUGGUAUUGGAGGACAACUGGCUCCAUAGCUCGGUCUGGAAACAGGGGAUUUUUGCAGGGAAAGUGGUCUUCGUAACGGGUGGGGCAGGCACCAUAUGUAAGGACCAAACUGAAGCUAUGAUUCGCCUAGGAGCUGAUGCCGCAAUUGUCGGUAGAAAUCAACAAAAGACGGAUGUGGCUGCUGAAGAACUCAGAAAAGUUAGAAAUGGAGCAAAAGUGGUAUCUUGUCCUAAUGUUGAUGUUAGAGAUGUGCACCUGAUUGCAGAGGCAGUUCGGAAAACCGUGGGGGAAUUAGGACGCAUUGACUUUGUUAUCGCUGGAGCAGCAGGAAACUUUUUGGCUGAUUUCAAUCAUUUGUCUUCAAAUGCGUUCAAGCUGGUUGUUGAUAUAGACUUAUUAGGGUCCUUCAACACGGUGAAGGCAUGUUUCGAUCAAUUAAGAUCAAAUAGAGGUGCAGUUUUGUUUGUGUCGGCUACUCUCCACUAUUACGGUGUUCCCUUCCAAAUUCAUGUGGGAGCAGCGAAAGCCGGUGUUGAUGCAUUGUCGAAUGCGUUAGCGGUUGAAUUAGGUCCCUUAGGUAUCAGGGUCAACGCCCUCGCUCCAGGACCAAUCGCCAAUACUGAAGGAAUUCGGCGGUUGGCUGGAAAGAACAAAACUUUGGGUUCACUGAUUCCAAUCGGCAGAUUGGGCACCACUACAGACAUUGCAAACUCCACUGUCUACUUGUUCUCCUCAGCUGCUGCGUACGUCACUGGUACCGUUCAAGUUGUUGAUGGUGGAAACUGGCAUAUGGGCUAUCGUAAAGGUGAAUACCCAGUGAAGAUUCUCGAAAUGAACCAAGAAAAGGUUACGAAAUUGUAG